AUGGGGACUGCAAUGGUGCCGGGGAAGUUUGUUUGGGUGAUUUUCUGUAUUGCUUUGGUCGUGAGCUCUGAGUGUGUGGAAAGUAGGAAGAUAGAGGACGAGGGUGGCCAUGGGGAAGAGAGGAAGCCAGAGUGGUUCUAUGAGGGUAAAUCUGGGUGGACUGGUGGUGGUGAUGGAAGAGGCCUCCUAGGAGGGUCCGAAUCCACGCAUUCUUUUAGUUUCAGCAAGGGAUUUGGUUUCAACUUUGGUGCUGGUGGUGGGGGGGGAGGUAGUGGUGGCGGGAUUGGUGGCAGUGGUGGUGGUGGGAACGUUGGUAGUGGUGGAGGGUUUGGAGGUAGUGGUGGAUAUGGCGGAGGAGGUGUAGGGGGGGGUAGCGGUGGUGGUGGUGGGAUUGGAGGUGGUGGGGGCGUUGGCAAUGGGGGAGGGGUUGGAGGUAGUGGUGGCGGUGGUGAAAAGCAUCACAAGGAAAAAGAGAAAAAACAUGAUCAUGGUGGCAGUGCAAUUGGAGGAGGUGGAAGUGGAGGUGGAGGUGGAGGUGGAGGUGGAGGUGGUGUUGGGGGAGGGAUUGGUGGUGGAGGUGGUGUAGGGGGAGGUAAAGGUGGUGGGGUUGGUGGCAAUGGUGGUGGUGAGAUUGGAGGUGGUGGGGGUGUUGGCGGUGGUGGAGGGGUUGGAGGUAGUGGUGGAUAUGGUGGCGGCGGCAGUGAAAAGCAUCACAAGGAAAAAGAGAAAAAACAACAUGACGGUGGCAGUGGAACUGGAGGAGGCAAUGGAGGUGGAGGUGGUGUUGGGGGAGGGAUUAGUGGUGGAAGUGGUGUAGGGGGAGGUAGUGGUGGACAUAGUGGAGGCGGCGGUGGUGCUGAAAAGGAUCACAAGGAAAAAGAGAAAAAACAUAGCCAUGGUGGCGGUGGAAUUGGAGGAGGCAGUGGAAGUGGAGGUGGUGUUGGGGGAGGGAUUGGUGGUGGAAGUGGUGCAGGGGGAGGUAGUGGUGGUGGGGGUGGGGGUGUUGGCGGAGGUGAAGGGGUUGGAGGUAGUGGUGGACAUAGUGGUGGAGGCGGUGGUGCUGAAAAGCAUCACAAGGAAAAAGAGAAUAAACACCAUCAUGGUGGUGGAAUUGGAGGAGGCGGUGGAAGUGGAGGUGGUGUUGGGGGAGGGAUUGGUGGUGGAAGUGGUGCAGGGGGAGGUAGUGGUGGACAUGGUGGUGGCAACGGUGGUGUUGAAAAGCAUCACAACGAAAAAGAGAAAGAACACCAUCAUGGUGGCGGUGGAAUUGGAGGAGGCACUGCAAGUGGAGGUGGUGUUGGGGGAGGGAUUGGUGGUGGAAGUGGUGCAGGGGUAGGUAGUGGUGGUGGUGGGGGUUUUGGCAUUGGUGGAGGGGUUGGAGGUAGUGGUGGCAGUGGUGCUGAAAAGCAUCACAACGAAAAAGAGAAAGAACACCAUCAUGGUGGCGGUGGAAUUGGAGGAGGCCCUGCAAGUGGAGGUGGUGUUGGGGGAGGGAUUGGUGGCGGAAGUGGUGCAGGGGGAGGUAGUGGUGGUGGUGACGGUGGUGCUGAAAAGCAUCACAACGAAAAAGAGAAAGAACACCAUCAUGGUGGCGGUGGAAUUGGAGGAGGCAGUGGAAGUGGAGGUGGUGUUGGGGGAGGGAUUGGUGGUGGAGGAGGUGCAGGGGGAGGUAGCGGUGGCAAGGUUGGUGGCAAUGGCGGGGUUGGUGGGGGAACUGGAGGUGGUGGGGGAGUUGGCAGUGGUGCAGGGGUUGGAGGUGGUGCAGGGGGAGGUAGUGGAGGAGGAAUAGGUAGUGGAAGUGGUGCAGGAGGAGGAAUUGGUGGUGGUGGAGGCGUAACUGGAGGGAAUGGUGGUGGAGUAGGUGGCGGUAGUGGUGCAGGCGGGGGGAAAGGAGGAGGUAUUGGCAAAGGGUUCGGUGGAGGAAUUGAUUUUAAUGCUGGAAGUGGGUUUUGGGGAGGAAUACACAAAGAAUUUGGGAGUGGAUUUGGUGGUGGCGGCGGCGUUGGAAAAGGAUUUGGUGGAGGAAUUGAUGCUGGAAGUGGGUUUGGGGGAGGAAUACGUAAAGAAAUUGGGGGUGGAAUUGGUGGUGGUGGUGGCAGCGGCAGUGGUGGUGGUGGAGGAGGAUUUGGUGGCGGUAAUAAUGGAGGCAGUGGUGGAGGAGGAGGAGGUGGUGGUGGUGGUGGUGGCGGUGGUGGCAGCGGCGGUGGAGGAUUUGGUGGCGGUGGUGGGUAUUGA